AUGACUGAAAGAUUUACAAAUAUAAAUCUUUUGGACAGAUUUGAAUCUUAAAUUGAAAUUUAAUCAAAAAAAAUACCACAAUAAUUAAUUGUCAUAUUUGAUAUUACUUUUGAUUAUUAAAAGGGCAGAUAGAAUUUCAUUAUCAUCAAAUUUAAUUAAAUAAAUGACUACAUUUCUAUAAUUAAGAAUAACUUCUCAAAAUAAUUAAGCUUGCCUUAAUUUUAUUCAGAUAUUAAAUCAUAAAACUAUCAGUUCAAGUUGGUCUGA